UGCUUUAACUUUGUACACGCAAAUAAUGGAUUCAAAUAAAAAUCGUGGACUACGUGAUCAGCCUGACAAUCCUGACAACCCUGACGAAGGAAAUAAUGAAUUCAAUGAUCAGCACAGUGAAGAUGAAUUUCCUCGGGCCCAAAACACUUCAAAACGAUCUGAAUCAAGUUACAAAAGCCAAUCCAGAACUUAAAUCAACCGACUUCUACUCAAUAGGCCAAAUUCAAAAGCAGCGUCGACACAGCAGCGAUCACGAUCACGGUCUAAUGCCCAAACUAGCAGGACGUGGACCAGUAUCAAUCCCUUCAUCAAUUUCAUGUAUGGUUUCCGCAAAACACAGACAGGAGAAAACAGUAAGAACAUUUUUCGACUUGGUGGAGAAUGCUGGCGAAACAUGACAAAAGAUGACAAACAGCCAUUUAUUGAUGCGGCAAAUCAAAAUAAGAAACUGAAGCAAAAGCAAACGAGCCGAGAACAGAAAUCAAAUAAUCUGGAUCAACAACAAUCCAAGAAUCAAGCUCAUGAUGACAAUGUGCCAACAAAGAAGGACUCAUCACAACAAGUUUCUACUCCCAAGAAACGCAAGGGACAGCAACAAAAAACUGAAAUAGAUUUGAAAAAGAAACGCACGAAGAGUGACAUUGAGUCGGACAGUGAUACAGAUGAUACAUCUAGAUCAAUACAUACUGCUACAACCGAUUGUCCCUCCGAAGAUUCAUACCAAAGUUCAUAAACUACAGAGGCUGCUAUAGUAAGAGAGUGCGAGAAACUAACAGAAAAACUGCUAUUGUGUGUUCUAAUUUAUUU